AUACACGCGUAACCUUAUUCUUUGUUUAACAAAUAUUCAAAAGGUUCCAAAACUUGUAUAUAUAGAGGCAAUUGUACCAUUAUGAACAACAACAGAAACAUACAGCAUCCAUCACUUAUUCUCUAGUUUCUAUCAGAUUCUAUCGCUCCUUUCUAUUGUUAUUGUUCCUCAAUGGCUUUCUCAAAAUCCAUGGCCCUUUUAGCUACGGUUCUUGUACUGCUCCCCAUGGCUACUUUUGCAGUGGACUUGCCAGCUAUAUCUCCUACUGCUGCCCAGGAAAUAUGUAAACGAGUGGAGUGUGGAAGAGGAACAUGCAAUUACAACUCCAGUGAGCCAUUACUCUACACAUGUGAGUGCGAAACUGGAUGGAAGCGAACCGCAGAAGGAAAUGAUACUCUUAAGUUUCUUCCUUGUGUCAUCCCUGAAUGUAACCUGGACUACAAUUGCCAAACACCACCUAAAGUUCCUAAUUACACACAACUGCCAAGCAACUUAUCUGCAUUUGACCCUUGCUCCUGGGUUUACUGUGGAGAAGGUACAUGCGUAAAGAACUCUACCUAUAUAUACACACCGGAGUGUGAAUGUAAUGAAGGGGCAGACAAUCUUCUAGACAUCUCAGUAUUCCCAUGCUACAGUGAAUGCACACUUCAACCCGACUGUGAACGCCUUGGAAUUGAAGUUGCCAAUUCAACCACCUCUACUGACGGAAAUGACAGUAACAAAGCUACCGACUUCAUGCCAGGCAAAUUCCAGUUGAUGACUAUAGUGAUUGUGUCUGUGGGUAUGAUGCUGUGAAAUCAGGGUUCAUGAUCCGUGUCAUACAAGAGAUUGUGCCCUACAUUUGUUCGAGUUUCAUCAUACAUGAGUUCAUAUACUUUACAUUAAUUUGAUUCUUGUAACAUUCCUUUUCCCCAGUUCUUCAUUUUGUGUUUGUAUCAAUAAGUCAAAACACAGUCAUACUGGAUGACUGACAUGUAUAUUGACCGCUAAACUCUGUAGAAAGAUUGUUACUUGUACAACCUUUCAUUUCUCCUCCCUCUGUUAUUCUCGACUAAAUCGAGCAAACUAUAGUUACUACACU